UUGGGUCCAAAAUACGUUGGAAUUUUAGACCUAAACCCAAAGACCACCGCUGCUUCCCGGCCGCUCCCCCCCUCCCUCCCCGACGAAUCUGAUGGAUCUCCCCUCCAAGCCUCGCUGUUCGAGUCCUCUUGGUCGCUUCAUCUCUUCUCCGAUCUCGAUCCCUCUUCUUAUCCUAUUGUUGUUAGUAGCGGAGGCCGGUGCAGCGCCAUGGGAAGCACGUAAAAGUGGGAAAUUCUCAGUGUUCUCAUUGUUCAACCUCAAAGGGAAGAGUAAAUUUUGGAGCGAGUCAGUGAUUCGUGGUGAUUUUGAUGAUCUGGAAAGUUCGGUCUCUUCAGAGUCUGGCAAAAUUGCAGUGUUGAACUACACAAAGGCAGGCAAUAUUGCAAAUUAUUUAAAGCUUUCGGAGGUUGAUUCCAUAUACCUUCCCAUCCCAGUGAACUUCAUCUUCAUAGGCUUUGAAGGAAAAGGGAACCAUGAGUUUAAGCUUGGCCCAGAAGAAUUGGACCGAUGGUUUACCAAAAUUGACCACAUUUUUGAGCAUACACGGGUUCCCCCCAUUGGUGAAGUUCUUGCCCCAUUUUAUAAAAUUAGCAUUGACAAAGUUCAACGCCAUCAUCUUCCCCUCGUCAGUCACAUAAACUACAAUUUCACUGUGCAUGGCAUACUCAUGGGAGAACAAGUCACAUCCGUCUUUGAGUAUGCUGUAAAGGCUCUUUCACGUAAAGAUGAUCUCUUAGACUCCAGGGAGGACAAAACAAAUCUUUGGCAAGUCGACAUGGAUAGAAUGGAAUAUGUUUUCUCAAGUCUUGUUGAAUAUCUUCAGAUCGAUAAUGCAUAUAAUAUUUUCAUUCUGAACCCCAAAAAGGAUGAUAAAAGAAUUCAGUAUGGUUAUAGGAGAGGCUUGUCCGAGUCGGAGAUCAAAAUUCUUAAGGAGAAUAAGACACUCCAAAAUAUGAUACUCCAAUCAGAAAGUCCUUCUCAAAUAUCUCUUGAGAUUGACAAGGGUAAGGGUUCAAGGCCAUUAUAUACAAAUCGUCCAACAUCAACUUUUGCAUGGACUACAACUGAAGAUACUGAUACUAUAGAGUGGUCAAAGAAAUGUCUAGACACCUUGACAAGUGUCAAAAAAUUUAAUGAAGGAAAGGAUGAUAUUGAGGUUUUGUACAACAAAGCAGUUCAGAUGCUGCAUGGUUGGAAGAAUGAUGUGAAUAUUCUGUUUGAAAGAGAGGUGAAAUCUGGUGAAUUGAAGGGACUUCACCCUGAGUGUCUGACAGAUACCUGGGUAGGCAGGGAUAGAUGGGCAUUCAUUGACUUAAGUGCAGGACCUUUUUCCUGGGGUCCAGCUGUUGGUGGAGAAGGCGUUCGUACUGAACUUAGUUUACCUAAUGUGGGCAAGACAGUUGGUGCUGUAGCAGAAAUUACAGAAGAUGAAGCUGAAGAUAAGUUACAAGAUGCAAUUAGAGAGAGAUUUUCGUCAUUUGGUGAUGAUCACCAAGUUAUUGAUAUACUUUUAGCAGAAAUCGAUAUAUAUGAGCUUUUUGCUUUCAAACAUUGCAAGGGAAGAAGGACCAAGCUUGCGCUUUGUGAAGAGCUCAAUGAGAGGAUGCAUGAUCUAAAAAGUGAGCUGGAAGGUUACGACAGUGAAGAAUAUGAUGAAACUCACAAAAGAAAAGCUCUUGAUGCAUUAAAGCGAAUGGAGAAUUGGAACUUGUUUAGUGACACGAAUGAGGAAUAUCACAGUUACAGUGUUGCUCGUGAUUCAUUUCUUGCUCAUCUUGGUGCUACACUGUGGGGCUCAAUGAGGCAUAUAAUUGCUCCCUCUGUUGCAGACAGGGCAUAUCAUUAUUAUCAGAAGAUUUCUUUUCAGAUAUAUUUCAUUACACAGGAGAAAAUCAGGAACAUUAAACAGUUGCCUGUGAAUCUAAGGUCUUUAAAGGAUGGCCUUUCUUCAUUGUCGCUGGCAUCCCAAAGCGUCAUGUUUAGUGAACAUCUGUUGUCACUGUCAGAGGAUCCUGCACUGACAAUGGCGUUUUCUGUGGCCCGGCGUACGGCAGCCAUCCCACUUUUGCUUGUCAAUGGCACUUAUAGGUCAACUAUACGAUCCUAUCUUGAUUCUUCUAUCCUUCAACGUCAGCUACAAAGGCUGACUGAUCAUGGUUCACUUAAAGGAACAUAUUCAAAUUCCAGGUCAACGUUGGAAGUUCCAAUAUUCUGGUUCAUACACAGCGACCCAUUAUUGGUGGACAAGCACUAUCAAGCAAAAGCCCUUUCUGAUAUGAUCAUCAUUGUUCAAUCUGAAAUGUCAUCUUGGGAAAGCCAUUUACAGUGUAAUGGGAAGUCACUUCUUUGGGACCUGAGGAGGCCCACAAAAGCUGCAAUCGCUGCUACUGCUGAACAUCUGGCUGGUUUGCUUCCACUUCACCUGGUUUACAGUCAUGCUCAUGAAACUGCGAUCGAGGACUGGACAUGGUCUGUUGGCUGUAGCCCACUGUCCAUCACUUCCCAAGGCUGGCAUCUUUCACGGUUUCAAUCAGAUGUGAUUGCCCGGAGCUACAUUAUUACUGCUCUUGAAGAAUCUAUACAAAAUGUUAAUGCAGCCAUUUAUCGUUUGAUCAUGGAGCGUACAACUGCGCAAGGGUUCAAGUUAUUCAAGACUAAAGAACGAAACAUAGUGGAAAAAUAUAAUUCUGUUAUUGGAUUGUGGAGAAGGAUUUCAACUAUAUCCGGUGGGCUUCGUUAUGGUGAUGCUGUGAAGCUUCUAUCCUUGCUGGAGGAUGCUUCCUCAGGGUUCACAGAUUUCGUUAACUCAACCAUUGCUGCGCUGCAUCCUGUCCAUUGCACUCGUGAGAGGAAAGUAGACAUUGAAUUGGACCUGACCACAAUCCCUGCUUUCCUAUUUGUUAUUGCAAUUCUCUGGUUCGUGCUCCGACCCAGGCGACCCAAACCCAAGAUCAAUUGAGGGCUGCAAAGACCAACCAGGAAAGUGGAGUGGAGGAAUGCAAGAUGAAGAGGCAAAUUUUUUGCGGUCUUUGCUUCAACAAAUUUAUCUUUCUCAUGACACUAUAAGUUGGUUUGGUUUGGUUUUUGAGACCACUUAUAACUGGUGAUCGUUUGUCGGCAACUGAGGUGACGGUGUCUAUUUGGCUCUACAUGCACAAGAUAUAUGCCUCAAGGAUGUAGGCAUGAUAGUGUUUAUACAAGCAGAAAAAAUUGCUGUUAUUUCUGA